CCCCUUGGGGGGAAAAACACAAAACCCCCCAACAACAAAGUGCCAUUUGAUCUAUUACCUCAAUCUUGGAAACUAUUCAGCGGGAGCUACAGCCGGCCAGACCACACAGCGGGCUGAGGACCCUUGAUGACCAAAGGGGAGCAGGACAAACAAGAUGUAUUGUGAGAGGUUUAUAUGUAUCCUGAGAAUACUUGGAACCACACUCUUUGGGGUCUCCCUCCUGCUUGGAAUCACAGCUGCUUACAUUGUUGGCUACCAGUUUAUCCAAACAGACAAUUACUAUUUCUCUUUUGGACUUUAUGGUGCUAUUCUAGCAUCCCAUCUCAUCAUCCAAAGCCUGUUUGCCUUUUUAGAACACAGGAAAAUGAAAAGAUCACUAGAGACUCCAAUCAAGUUGAACAAAACAGUUGCCCUUUGUAUUGCUGCCUAUCAAGAGGAUCCUGACUAUUUAAGAAAAUGUUUACUUUCAGUAAAAAGGCUGACCUACCCUGGAAUUAAAGUUAUCAUGGUCAUUGACGGGAAUUCAGAAGAUGAUAUUUACAUGAUGGAUAUUUUUAGUGAAAUCAUGGGCAGGGAUAAUUCUGCCACCUACAUAUGGAGGAAUAACUUUCAUGAAAGAGGUCCAGGUGAGACUGAGGAAUCACAUAAAGAGAGCACGCAACAUGUAACUCAGCUGGUCCUCGCCAACAAAAGUGUUUGCAUCAUGCAGAAAUGGGGUGGAAAAAGAGAAGUCAUGUACACAGCAUUCAAAGCACUCGGGAGAAGCGUGGAUUACGUACAGGUUUGUGAUUCAGACACAAUGCUGGAUCCAGCAUCCUCGGUGGAAAUGGUGAAAGUUUUAGAGGAAGAUCCAAUGGUUGGAGGAGUUGGCGGUGACGUGCAGAUUUUGAACAAAUAUGAUUCCUGGAUCAGCUUCCUCAGCAGCGUGAGAUAUUGGAUGGCAUUUAAUAUAGAAAGAGCCUGCCAGUCCUAUUUUGGCUGUGUACAAUGCAUCAGUGGACCUUUGGGAAUGUACAGGAACUCCUUGCUCCACGAAUUUGUGGAAGAUUGGUACAAUCAAGAAUUUAUGGGCUCCCAGUGCAGCUUUGGAGAUGAUAGACAUCUAACUAACCGGGUGCUGAGUCUGGGCUAUGCAACAAAGUACACAGCUAGAUCCAAGUGCCUUACUGAAACACCUAUAGAAUAUCUAAGGUGGUUGAAUCAGCAGACCCGUUGGAGUAAAUCAUACUUCAGAGAGUGGCUGUAUAAUGCAAUGUGGUUCCACAAGCAUCAUUUGUGGAUGACUUACGAGGCUGUAAUCACUGGAUUCUUUCCUUUCUUCCUCAUUGCCACAGUCAUUCAGCUUUUCUACCGGGGGAAAAUCUGGAACAUUCUCCUUUUCUUGUUAAUAGUUCAGUUUGUGGGCCUAGUAAAGUCUUCUUUUGCCAGCUGCCUAAGGGGGAACAUUGUCAUGGUGUUCAUGUCACUCUACUCAGUGUUGUACAUGUCAAGUUUACUUCCAGCAAAGAUGUUUGCAAUAGCCACAAUAAAUAAAGCAGGGUGGGGCACAUCAGGAAGAAAAACCAUUGUAGUCAACUUCAUAGGACUCAUUCCGGUGUCUGUUUGGUUUACAAUCCUCCUAGGUGGCGUGAUUUUCACUAUAUACAAGGAAUCAAAAAAGCCAUUUUCUGAGUCAACACAGAGAGUCCUCAUCAUUGGCACAAUAGCCUAUGCAUGUUACUGGGUUUUUCUUUUGACUUUGUAUUUGGUUCUGAUCAACAAAUGCGGCAGGCGGAAGAAAGAACAACACUAUGACAUGGUGCUUGAUGUAUGAUGUUGCUGUGGAACGUCACUCAGAAAUUUUUUAAGUAACCCAAAUGACCGUAUAGUAUUUGUGGCAUCGAAUUAAUGUUGCCAAGGGAAAUGGAUCACUGCUGCUGGGACUGGAACAUUUAUGUUCCUAUGGUUCAUUUUCAUCCUGCCAAAGCAAAAAAAAAGUAAUUUUUUUUAAAGAAAAACAAAACCACAGAUUCAACCUGUUUGCAAGAAAAUGAGAUGACUUCUUUGUUUAUGCACUUUUUCUAUUGUGCAUAUGCCUGACAGUGUUAUGUUCUAUAUAUACCUCACUGGUCAUGCUUAUGUGGGACAGAAAGGAAAGGAGUUUGGUGACUUAAGCAAAGGAUCUUAUAACCCCUUGCAACCUAAUUUAUGAACUACUUUUUGUAAUAGUUUUAUUUUAUAGGAAGGGUCUUUUGUGUUAGGCUGCCAAAUGUAAUGCCAAAGGUAAAUUUUAAGAGGCUAUUGAAUGAGCUGUAUUUUUAUAUUAUUGUGUGUGUAUUUUUUAAGCCAACUUUUUUUUUUAAUUGCAUAUUUUAUAUUUUCUGUGUCUGCCAAAAUCAAUGCCUCCCCAGCAUUUUGUUUUCUAUCUUCUUUAUGUAGGUUUUGGAAGAAUUCGUACUUCUUUUCCUAAGAACUGCCCACAAUGUGAAAAUUUAUGUUGAUCUGAUAUUAUUCACAUGAGAAAGAAUAAAAUGUCUCUCUACCUUUUUUACAAUGAAUGGUUACUUCUGUGAAAAAUAUUUAAAAUGUGCUUUUUGAACUUUUGACUUAAUUUUAUUAGAAAAGACCAACAUCAUAGACAGUUUUCUAAUACAAACAUAUUUGUGUGCACAAAAAGGCCAAAGGGGUAGAUAAGUGCAAUUUUUUUUUGGAGAACAUUGUAACAGUACAGUCCUGGCAUUCAGUAUACAAUAAGCCUGGUCCUCAUGCCAUUGAAGUCAAUGGCAUGCAUUUUUGAUGGGGACAGGAUUUGGACCAAAAGCUUCUGAUCCUGGGAAUGCAGAGUAGUCAAAACUCCUAUUGACUUUAAUGAAUGUCGUCAAUGCCCUGCAACUCUUAGAAUCAGGAAGAUAGCAUACAUGUGGCAGAGAAGCAAAACAAAAUUUCAUUGACAUAAAGAAAGGGUCAACAUUUUCAAAAUCUGGGUGCCUAAAAUAGAGCUUCCAAGUGAUGUUCCUGUAAUCUGACCUCCUGUAUAACAAAUACCAUAAAAUGUCACCCCUUACCUCUAUACUGAAACCCAUAAUGCGGGUUUGACUAGAGUAUCUAUCUUCCAGAAAAGUAUCCAGUCUUGAAUUGUGUCAAGUAAUGGGAAUCUACCACUUCCUUGGUAUCUGCUGCCUAAACAUUCAAUUUUAGACCCUGGUUUUGCAAAGUGAUGUUCAGGACCAAAUUUUGCCGUCCUUAACCAGCCAAAGGAAUGUGGCAUUCAGCCUUAAUACACUUUUAUAAAAGAAAAUGAUAGCACAUCAGCUCCAUACAAAUAUAUGCCCUUUUGGAUUCUGGUAUAAAAAGCACUGUGGUAAAGCAGAAAUCAGCAUGUGAUAUUUUAACAACCUAGAAGCAUUUUCAGCUUCCUUAGAAUAUUUUUCUGCUGUAGAAUGAACUGCACACACCUACCUUACUUGUCUGAUUAUCUUGAGGUACAAGGUUGCUUGAAAGUCAUACUAAUACUAUGGUAAUGAUUGGAGAGUUGAUACUCAUUGGUUACAAAAUAGAACAGUAUUA